GGCGUGCUUGCAAUUUGGCGGCAAAAUUCGAUUGGACCUAUGAGGAUCAGCGGCUGGCAAUCAAGAUUGUUGCCUUAAUUACUUUGCGGUCAAUUAAUACACCUUUUAGCGUAAACAGUUGUGCUCUAUUGUUAUCAGUAACACAUAUUAUCUUUGUCCUUGACCAGCAGUGAUGGAGCAGCAUUUACUUAUUGCACAACGCUGAGAAGAUGAACAUUUCGAACUUCGUCAUGAUGUUGAUUUAUUGCCUAAUUUUGUACCUGAUUCUCCCUUGUAGAGCUGAUAAUUUUCAGGCUACUUUAGGACAUCUUGUUCCGCGAGCUAAUGCAGAAAUACAAUCAAAUGGAGCAUUUGGGGUUAUACAGCGCCUCAUUCCAGAGAAGGCACACCUGUUCAAUGUUACUGUGGAUCCUAGUAUUGGCCCUGUUGCGAGGGAUACAUUUAAGGUAAUAAAAGAAAGUGACAGUGAAAUUGUUCGUAUAAUUGGAACUAGUGGUGUGGCUGCAGCGUGGGGCUUUCAUCAUUAUCUGAAAUAUUACUGUGGAUGCCAUGUGUCAUGGGAAGCAACGCAGCUGAACCUGCCACAAGCAUUGCCAGAAGUAAACAUAACUAUUACAUCCCGUGAUAGGUUUCGGUAUUAUCAAAAUGUCUGCACUACAAGCUACAGUUUUGUCUGGUGGGACUGGGCACGUUGGGAGAAAGAAAUUGAUUGGAUGGCCAUGAACAGCAUUAAUUUGGCUCUUGCAUUCAAUGGUCAGGAAGCUAUAUGGAUGCAAGUGUAUAAGAGGCUGAAUAUGACUGCUGACGAAAUUGAUGAACAUUUUACAGGACCUGCUUUUUUUGCCUGGAAUCGUAUGGGGAACAUACGUGGCUGGGCAGGUCCUUUGUCAGACACGUGGCACAAUCAGCAAGCAGUUCUUCAGCGCAGGAUCCUGGACCGCAUGCGAGAACUGGGAAUUAUUCCUGUCUUACCAGCAUUUGCAGGACAUGUUCCCAGAGCUUUCGAACGAUUAUUUCCAGAUGUGAAUAUGACUAUGAUGAAGAAAUGGAACAACUUCCCUGAAGAAUAUUGCUGUCCAUACCUGUUGGACCCUACUGACACUUUAUACCAAACAGUUGGAAGAAUGUUUAUCUCAGAGCUAAUUGCCCAGUAUGGAACUGAUCACAUUUACAAUUGUGAUACUUUCAAUGAGAUGGAGCCUAAUUCCGGAGACUUGGACUAUCUUUCUGCUGUCAGUGCUGCUACUUUUGAAGCACUAACCUCUGUUGAUCCAAAAGCUGUCUGGAUGUUGCAAAAUUGGGCUUUUGUACAUGAGCAAUCAUUUUGGACUGUUGAAAGAGUACGUGCUUAUAUUUCUUCAGUUCCAAAAGGUCGUAUGAUUGUACUGGACUUACAGUCUGAACUCAGUCCACAUUACGAAGAACUGGAUUCGUAUUUUGGUCAGCCAUUUAUUUGGUGCAUGCUGCAUAAUUUUGGUGGCACCCUGGGUCUCUAUGGUGCUAUUGAAAAUGUUAACCGUGGUGUUUUUCAAGGGAGAAGUAUGGCUAACAGUACGAUGGUUGGAACAGGACUUACCCCUGAAGGCAUAAAUCAGAAUUAUGUUAUGUAUGACUUCAUGAAUGAAAUGUCUUGGAGAGAAGAACCAGCUGAUUUGAAAGAAUGGUUUUCUCAGUAUGCAACUAGACGCUAUGGUGCGUACAAUGAAAAUGCUGAUGAAGCUUGGCAGCUGCUAAAGUCCAGUGUGUACAGCUUCAGAGGCUCCCAGCGUGUCAGAGGAAAAUAUAUAAUCUGUCGCCGACCGAGUCUGAAACUUAAAUCAUUGGGAUCGGUGUAUAACUGCACAACAGGUUACUCUAUGCGUGGACAAAGCAUCAUCUCCGUCUCACCAUCAUUUUUCUUGAGUGAGCCUGUAUGGUACAAUAUUUCCGAGGUUGUUCUUGCAUGGGAUAAACUACUCUUAGCAUCAGAGGAAUUUAAUAACUCUUCAUGUUACAAGCAUGAUGUUGUUGAUGUCACUAGACAGUACCUACAAGUGCUGGGAAGUGGAUUAUACAGACGCUUCAGGAAUGGGUAUUUUACUGGUGAUAUACAAGCAUUUCAGAAAAAUGCUGAAGAUUUCCUCAGUUUGCUGGGUGAUUUGGACACACUGUUGGGUUCCAGUGAGGCAUUUCUUUUGGGAGCAUGGCUAAAGAGUGCCAAGGCUUUAGCCACAACUCCGCUGGAGGAGUCUCUGUAUGAAUACAAUGCACGCAACCAGAUAACUCUUUGGGGACCUGAUGGAGAAAUAACUGAUUAUGCUACCAAGCAGUGGUCAGGGAUUGUGUCUCAUUACUACGCACCAAGAUGGCAGUUUUUUAUAGAAGCUCUCAAUGAUACCCUUUUAAACAAUGUAACAUUUAAUAUAACAACAUUUAGGGAAGAUCUUUUCAGCCAAGUUGAAGAGCCAUUUACAUUAGAUACUUCAGAAUUCCCCGACACACCACAAGGUGACAGCAUUGCCCUAGCAAGACAGAUUCAUGCACGCUGGCGGAACAGUGCACAAGUUCUAAGAAAGUUGCAGAACAAAAAAAAGUCGAACCAUGAUCUGGAAAAAGAAUCCAAGGAGCCCGAGAAGUAUCUGAAAUGGUAAAGUUGCCAGGUUCAGCAAUAUAUGGACAGGCUUCUGGAGAGAAUUAUUCCAGUCAUUGACUUCAAUGUUGCGAUUCCGUGAAACAGAUAAAUGGCAAAUCGAAGAAUAACGUGAUAAAAAACUUUGCUGUACACUGCAGCUGAGAAUUCAGCUACCAGUUGAUAGUAAUUUUAUAAUGACAUGUUACUGUGCAUCAAAUAUGAUUCAAUUUUCUUGCAUUUCUAUUGUGAAUAAUGUUAUAUGCAGUAUGAAGCAUUAAUUAGUGUGUGCAGCAUUGCAUUACAUUUUUUACUACAAAUAUUGUGUGCUUAGAGAAUCAGAAUUUUUGUGCCAGUGAUGUGGCAGUUAACAUGUUUGUUUUAUUUGACAAUGGGAUCUUUUAUAGUUUUCUAGAGGUAGCACUAAUAAUUGGCAAAGAGCAAACUUCAUUCAUUU